UGGAGGAGAGAGCGAGAGGCUGGAACUUCCUGUGUGCAAUCUCUGUUCACCCGUUUUACAUACAGUACAUAGGAAUAUUUCCGGAGCUGCAAAGUGAGAGAGAGGGAGUGUAUGGCGAUUUAGAGAGAAAGUCCCCAGUGCAGAAGCAGUAAAUGCAGAUUGUUUACAUUAGUCGGAUAAGAUUUUCCUUCUUCUGCUCACUGUGGCGGCGGUUGCCUCGACUCACCUUCGCCGCAGAUAGCGCCAGUGGAGCUGGCCAUGGGGCGGUGAUACAGCCCGGGCCCUGACCGAGGAUCUGCGUUGCAUGAGAAAACUAACAUUAUUUACUUCCCUGACUGCUGCAUCAAACAAGAGCGAUAAAGGAAAAAACGUAUUUUUUCGAACAGAAAUAUUGUUCCAAGACAAUUACAUGAUCUGAUGUUUGAAGGAGUGUGUUGAUGUGCGGACCAAGCUGACCGAGAUUAUUAUGGCUGUUCUUAAACUCGUCGAGCAGCCUCCGCUGGUUCAGGCCAUCUUCAAUGGAGACCCUGAGGAGAUACGCAUGCUUAUCUACAAAUCGGAAGACAUCAACGCUCUGGAUGCAGACAAGCGUACCCCGCUCCAUGCUGCAGCCUUCCUGGGUGAUGCUGAGAUCACUGAGCUUCUCAUCCUCUCCGGGGCGCGGGUCAACGCCAAAGACAACAUGUGGCUCACCCCUCUACACCGCGCGGUGGCAUCCCGUAGUGAGGAGGCCGUUCGCGUGCUGAUCCGUCACUCUGCUGAUGUGAAUGCGCGGGAUAAGAACUGGCAGACGCCGCUUCACGUUGCCGCGGCCAACAAUGCCAUGCGCUGCGCUGAGGUCAUCAUCCCCCUGCUGAGCAGCGUCAAUGUGUCGGACCGCGGUGGGCGCACCGCCCUGCACCACGCUGCCCUCAACGGGCACACUGAGAUGGUUAACCUGCUACUGGCUAAGGGAGCCAACAUUAAUGCCUUCGAUAAGAAAGAUGGCCGCGCCCUGCACUGGGCAGCAUAUAUGGGUCAUCUGGAUGUAGUGUGUCUGCUGGUCAGCCAGGGGGCAGAGGUCAGCUGUAAGGAUAAACGUGGUUACACCUCUCUACACACGGCCGCUUCUAACGGUCAGAUCGCUGUGGUUAAACACCUGCUCAACCUGGCCGUGGAGAUAGAUGAGACCAAUGCGUUUGGUAACACGGCUCUGCACUUGGCCUGUUUCAACGGUCAGGAUGCUGUGGUCAGUGAGCUGAUAGACUACGGAGCUAACGUCAGCCAGCCUAACAACAAGGGUUUCACCCCCCUGCACUUCGCUGCAGCCUCCACCCACGGAGCCCUCUGUCUGGAGUUCCUGGUCAACAACGGGGCUGACGUCAACGUCCAGAGUCGGGAUGGGAAGAGCCCCCUCCACAUGACAGCGGUCCACGGCCGCUUCACUCGCUCCCAGACACUCAUCCAGAAUGGUGGGGAGAUUGACAGUGUGGACAAGGAUGGAAACACUCCUCUUCACAUCGCUGCUCGCUAUGGUCACGAGCUCCUCAUUAACACACUCAUCACCAGUGGAGCCGACUGCACAAGACGAGGAGUCCAUGGUAUGUUCCCUCUGCACCUGGCUGCUAUGAACGCCCACUCAGACUGCUGCCGGAAGCUGCUCUCCUCAGGCUUCCAGAUCCACACCCCAGACGCACUGGGGAGGACCUGUCUACAUGCUGCCGCCGCCGGGGGUAAUGUGGAGUGUGUGAAGUUGCUUCUGAGCAGCGGUGGGGACCACAACCGGAGGGACAAGUGUGGCAGGACCCCUCUCCACUAUGCGGCUGCCAGUCGUCACUAUCAGUGCCUGGAGACCCUGGUGUCGUGUGGGACCUGCAUUAAUGCCACUGACCAGUGGGGGCGCUCUGCCCUGCACUACGCAGCUGCCUCCGACCUGGACAGAAGGCGACGUCAGGCUCUGGAGCCAGAGAGUGAAGGGGUGCAGGCAGAGAAGGAGAAGGAGGCUGCACUAUGUCUGGAGUUCCUGUUGCAAAGUGGUGCUACUGCUUCUCUGAAAGACAAGCAGGGCUAUAGUCCUGUCCACUAUGCUGCAGCUUAUGGCCACAGACACUGUCUAGAGCUGCUGUUGGACCGAGACGAGAGUCACCAGGAGCACCCAGAAUCUCUGUGUGCCAGGAGCCCCCUGCAUCUCGCUGCGUACCACGGCCAUGCCCAGGCUCUGGAGGUGUUGCUGCAGGGGGAGAGGGAAGUGGACCAGGGGGACGAGGCUGGUCGUACUCCUCUGGCCCUAGCAGCCCUCAGGGGCCACACGGACUGUGUCCACACCCUCCUCAGCCAGGGGGCCUCGCCACGCACCACAGAUACCAACAGGGGACGCACCCCUGUACACCUAGCAGUGAUGAAUGGCCAUACCUCGUGUGUACGCCUCCUGCUGGAUGACCAAGACAGUGCAGACCUGGUGGAUGCUGCAGACUCUCGGGGACAGACUCCUCUGAUGCUGGCGGUGGCAGGGGGACAUGUGGACGCUGUGUCUCUGCUGCUGGAGAGAGAGGCUGCUGUAGACACAGCAGACAGCCAUGGCCUGACUGCCCUGCACCUUGGGCUGCUGUGUGGUCAGGAGGAGUGUGUCCAGUGUCUGUUGGAGCAGGAGGCCUCUGUGUUGUUGGGGGACUCCAGGGGCCGAACAGCCCUCCAUCUGGCUGCAGCGAGGGGCCACGCAUCCUGGCUCGCUGAGCUGCUGAGUAUCGCUUUUUCUGAACCGCCCACGCCCCGCCUCCGAGACCACCAGGGGUACACCCCCCUGCACUGGGCCUGCUACUAUGGUCAUGAGGGCUGUGUGGAGGUACUGCUGGAGCAGAAAGGUUGUCGCUGUAUCGAUGGGAACCCCUUCACUCCCCUGCACUGUGCUGUGGUGAAUGAUCAUGAAUCCUGUGCCGCACUACUGCUGGAGGCCAUGGGAUCAGACAUCGCCAGCUGUAAGGAUACUAAAGAUAGGACUCCACUCCAUGCUGCAGCGUUCUCUGGUCAUGUGGACUGUGUCCAGCUGCUUCUGUCCCAUGAUGCACCUGUGGAUGCUGUGGAUCAAUCAGGGCGCAGUGCGCUGAUGAUGGCUGCAGAGAAGGGAGGAGUGGGGGCUGUAGAGGUGCUGUUGACCAGUGCCAACGCCAGCCUGGGUUUGGUUGACCAGAAUGGCAACACAGCCCUCCACCUGGCCUGCAGUAGCGGAAAGGAGGAUUGUGUUCUGUUCAUCCUGGAGAGGCUAAAGGAUACUGUUCUCAUAGGUGCCACAAACGCAGCACUGCAGACGCCGCUCCACCUAGCAGCUCGUAGCGGCCUGAAACAGGCUGUCCAGGACCUGCUGUCCAGGGGGGCCAGUGUUCAGAUGUUGGAUGAGAAUGGUCUGACGCCUGCUCUAGCUUGCGCUCCUAGCAGGGAGGUGGCUGACUGUCUGGCUCUCAUUCUGGCUACCAUGAUGCCUUUCUGCUCUCCUUGCAGCUCCGGAGUCCCCUCCCCAGGUUCCCUCCUGAGGGCCCUAUCCAGGCACAAGGGUUCGCGGGACCCUCGUAGCCCCAAGGCCCCCUCUGGCCCCUCCAGCGAGGGAAGUGCCAGUCAGGGCACCACUGAAAACGACUCAGACUCAGAAACCUUUUGACCCCUAUGACUUUUAAAAGACUACCAGGAUGUCUGCAGAGCCACAGUUUCCCACCACAAAUCCCUCGCUUGUGUCCCAAGAGUAGAACCUGUGUGGGGGCUUGUACAGGACUUUGUCCCCCCCUAAUGGCUGGAGCUCAACCUCAUGUGAUCCUACCUGCUGGUGUUUCUUAUCCAGAUCAAUCUAGGUACUCUGUCUCAGCUUGGCUAUCUAUGACAGCAGCUGAGACUUUUCUAAUUAAAGCUAUUUUGUUUGUAGGACCUUUUUUUAAAAAUAAAAAAAGUUUAUUUUGGUUGACUGAUGUACCAAAUAUUGACAUAUAUUUUUGUGUCAGCAUUCAUACUGAUCUGCCCGGAGAUGUGAGUAUAGCACAAACCAACUAAAGCACAAUUCUAGAAUUGACUUAAGUCUAUUAUAAAGAAACAUGAUGGAAUGUGCAUGAGGCGGAUAGAAGUGGUACCCUUUCAACUUCUUGUUUCCACACCAAUAGAAAUCACCCACGUCAACUGACCUGGAAAAGCUCUGGGCUGUAGUUAUUGGCUAUAGGUGACUAGGACUGUUCCUGAUCCUGUCCCUAGUGUUACAGGACCACAGUGCUUCAGUAGUUUACAUGAUCAGGUCUCCAGUGAAGAGGUUGACACCUGUACGGUAUUUAUUAACGCUUAUAUUAUGGUACAGAAUACUGCUUGCACUUAAACUGUAAAGGAGAGCAGGACCUUGACCUCUCUCCAUCCCCCUUUCCCAUCUAGUUUGUCUACCUACCAGCAAUGUGCCAGUCUAACUUGUCCAGUGCCUUGUUAAACCUUUGUAUUCAUUUUUUAAAUUUACAUUUUCCAAAAGAAGUGUACGCAUUCUUCUGGUGCGUGUGGUGUCUAUUCAAUCCGUAUCGCAGAAGUUCAGCUUUACAUUUAAAGGCAAUGUUCCUGCUUGAGCAGAGACAACCUUAACACUUCUAUCACGCUUCAACUGUACAGAUUGAAUAGAGCCCUAGAUUGUGUAUUAUGGAUGUAUGUGACUGAGAUGAGUUGAUUAACUGUUGGGGUCAUGUCACUUCUAACCCUGAAGAAAAAAAACCACACCAAUGUUUUUACACUCCUAUGAUCAGAGACGUGUGUAUGUCUGCAACAAGAUGUCGUUCUGCAUGUCAUUGUAAAGCACAACCUUGUCUGUAAUAACUCUACCCCAGAGUACACACUUUUUAAAAAGCACAGUGUUAGUUUAAACACCUCAAGGCUUGUUGAUAAUGAAAGUAACGAAGUGAUUGGGUCUGUGUCCCAAAUGGACCUCUAUUCCCUACAUAGUGUAAUACCUUUGAGAAGAACCCUAUGUAGUGCACUAUAGGGAAUAUAGCCAUUUAGGAUGCUGCCAUGGAUCAGUAUUAUGAUGCCAGAAGGAGCAUCACACCACCAGUCAGUUGUGACAAUCGGAUCAGAUUGAUUUUCAUACCAGUUCCUGAUGCAGUAUGAAAUGCUCAAGGCUGUUUGUCUUUUUAUGAAUGAAUUGUACAAUAAUAUAAAAAUCUGUUUUAAUUUA